GCCGCCCCCCGCCCGGUCCCCGGCACCGGCCGCACCAUGCGGAGCGCCCGGGCGCUGCUGCUCGCCCUCGCCCUGCGGGUCUACGCGCUGGACACCGAGACGCCCGCCGCUGGCUGCACCUUCGAGGAGGACAGUGACCCGAACCAGUGUGAGUACAGCCAGGGCGAGGACGAUGACUUCGACUGGGAGCUCAUCCGCAGUUACCUGAUGCCUCACCUGACGCCUGACCUGCCCCACGGCUCCUACCUGAUGGUGAACUCCUCUCAGCACACCCCGGGCCAGAAAGCUCACUUGCUCUUCCAGGCACUGAGUGAGAAUGACACCCACUGCCUCCAGUUCAGCUACUUCAUGUUCAGCCGGGACGGUCACAGCCCCGGCACCCUCAGCGCCUACGUCCGGGUCACCGGGGGCCUGGUGGGCAGCGCCGUCUGGAACGCGUCCGGCUCACAUGGCCGCCAGUGGCACCAGGCAGAGCUGGCGGUCAGCCUGUUCUGGCCCAGCGAGUACCAGGUGCUCUUCGAGGCGGUGGUUUCCGGCGAGCGCAGGGGGUACCUGGGCCUGGAUGACAUUUUGCUCCUGAAUUAUCCGUGCUCAAAAGCGCCUCAUUUCUCCCGCCUGGGCGACGUGGAGGUGAACGCGGGACAAAACGCCACCUUCCAGUGCGUGGCCGCUGGCAAGGCCGCCGAGGCCGAGCGCUUCCUCAUGCAGAGGCAGAGCGGCGAGGUGGUCCCUGCUGCCUCGGUGAAGCACAUCAGCCACCGGCGCUUCCUGGCCACAUUCCAGCUGGACGUGGUGUCCAGGGCGGAGCAGGACCUGUACCGCUGCGUCACCCAGUCCCCCCGCGGCGCCGGCGUCUCCAACUUUGCCGAGCUCAUCGUCAAAGAGCCCCCCACCCCCAUCGCUCCCCCCCAGCUGCUCCGGGCCGGCUCCACCUACCUCAUCAUCCAGCUCAACACCAACUCCAUCAUCGGCGACGGCCCCAUCGUGCGCAAGGAGAUCGAGUACCGCAUGACCUCGGGGCCCUGGUCGGAGGUCCACGCUGUGAACAUGCAGACCUACAAGCUCUGGCACCUGGACCCCGACACGGAGUACGAGAUCAGCGUCCUGCUCACCCGGCCCGGGGAGGGGGGCACCGGCAAACCGGGGCCGCCCCUCAUCAGCCGCACCAAGUGCGCAGAGCCCAUGCGGGCCCCCAAAGGCCUGGCCUUCUCUGAAAUCCAGUCCAGGCAGCUGACGCUGCAGUGGGAGCCGCUGGGCUACAACCUGACCCGCUGCCACACCUACACCGUGUCCCUGUGCUACCGCUACUUCGUGGGCAGCGGCCACAACCAGACCUUCCAGGAGUGUGUGAAGAUGGAGCGCAACACCAGCCGCUACACCAUCAAAAACCUGCUGCCCUACAAGAACAUCCACGUCAAGCUCAUCCUCGCCAACCCCGAGGGGCGCAAGGAGGGCAAGGAGGUGAUAUUCCAGACAGAUGAGGAUGUGCCUGGCGGCAUCGCCUCCGAGUCCCUCACCUUCACCCCGCUGGAGGACAUGAUAUUCCUGAAGUGGGAGGAGCCGGUGGAGCCCAAUGGCCUCAUCACACAGUACGAGAUCAGCUACCAGAGCAUCGAGUCUUCGGACCCUGCGGUGAACGUGCCGGGCCCACGGCGCACGGUGUCCAAGCUGCGAAACGAGACCUACCACGUGUUCUCCAACCUCCACCCCGGCACCACCUACCUGUUCUCGGUGCGGGCCCGCACCGGCAAGGGCUUCGGCCAGACGGCGCUCACCGAGAUCACCACCAACAUCUCCGCUCCCACCUUCGACUAUGGGGACAUGCCAUCGCCGCUGAGCGAGUCAGAGAGCACCAUCACGGUGCUGCUGCGGCCGGCGCAGGGCAGAGGGGCUCCCAUCAGCACCUACCAGGUGAUCGUGGAGGAGGAGCAGCCCAAGAAGCUGAAGCGGGAGCUGGGGGGGCAGGAGUGCUUCCCAGUGCCGCUCACCUUCGACGACGCCGUGUCCCGCGGCUCCGUGCACUACUUCGGGGCUGAGCUGCCCGCCAGCAGCCUCACCGAGGCCAAGCCCUUCACCGUGGGGGACAACCAGACCUACAGCGGCUACUGGAACCCGCCCCUGGAGCCCAAGAAGGCCUAUCUCAUCUACUUCCAGGCCAUGAGCAACCUCAAAGGGGAAACUCGGCUGAACUGUGUCCGGAUCGCUCGCAAAGCUGCCUGCAAAGAGAGCAAGCGUCCCCUGGAGGUGUCCCAGCACUCGGAGGAGAUGGGCCUGAUCCUGGGGAUCUGUGCCGGGGGGCUCAUCGUCCUGAUCAUCCUGCUGGGAGCCAUCAUCGUCGCCAUUCGGAAAGGGAGGAACUACUAUUCCUACUCCUAUUACCCGAAACCCAUGAACAUGACCAAAGCCACCAUAAACUACCGGCACGAGAAGACGCAAAUGAUGAGCGCCAUCGACAGGAGCUUCACUGACCAGAGCACCCUGCAGGAGGACGAGCGCCUGGGGCUGUCCUUCAUGGACACGCACGGCUACGGAAACAGAGGUGACCAGCGCAGCAGUGUGGUCAAUGAGUCCAGCAGCCUCCUGGGGGGCUCCCCCCGGCGCCAGUGCGGCCGCAAGGGCUCCCCAUACCACACGGGGCAGCUGCACCCGGCCGUGCGCGUGGCCGACCUCCUGCAGCACAUCAACCAGAUGAAGACAGCGGAGGGCUAUGGCUUCAAGCAGGAGUAUGAGAGUUUCUUUGAAGGCUGGGAUGCUUCGAAGAAGAAAGACAAGACCAAAGGGAGGCAGGAUCACAUGUCCACAUAUGACCGUCACCGCGUGAAGCUGCACCCGCUGCUGGGUGACCCCAACUCCGACUACAUCAACGCCAACUACAUCGACGGCUACCACAGGUCCAACCACUUCAUUGCCACACAAGGGCCCAAGCAGGAGAUGGUGUAUGACUUCUGGCGCAUGGUGUGGCAGGAGCACUGUUCCAGCAUUGUGAUGAUCACCAAGCUGGUGGAGGUGGGCCGGGUAAGGAUCCCGUCCCGUCCCAUCCCUCCGGGCUCCAGCUCUGCUGGAAGCCGCCUCCACAGAGCCAAACCCCAUCCUGUCCUCUCCUUGCAGGUGAAAUGCUCCAAAUACUGGCCUGAUGACUCUGAGAUGUACGGGGACAUCAAGAUCACGCUGGUGGAAUCGGAGACGUUGGCUGAGUACGCUGUGCGCACCUUCGCCCUCGAGAGGCGGGGUUACUCGGCCCGGCAUGAGGUGAAGCAGUUCCACUUCAUGUCGUGGCCCGAGCAUGGUGUCCCCUACCACGCCACGGGGCUGCUGGCCUUCAUCCGCAGGGUGAAGGCGUCCACGCCGCCAGACGCCGGCCCCAUCGUCAUCCACUGCAGCGCUGGCACAGGGAGGACUGGCUGCUACAUCGUCCUGGAUGUGAUGCUGGACAUGGCCGAGUGCGAGGGCGUCGUGGACAUCUACAACUGCGUGAAGACCCUCUGCUCGCGGAGGAUCAACAUGAUCCAGACGGAGGAGCAGUACAUCUUCAUCCACGAUGCCAUCCUGGAGGCCUGUCUGUGUGGGGAGACCAGCAUCCCCGCCAGUGAGUUCAAGCCCACCUACAAGGAGAUGGUGAGGAUAGAGCCGCAGAGCAACUCCUCGCAGCUGCGGGAGGAGUUCCAGACCCUGAACUCGGUAACCCCACACCUGGACGUGGAGGAGUGCAGCAUCGCGCUCCUGCCCCGCAACCGGGAGCGCAACCGCAGCAUGGACGUCCUGCCGCCCGACCGAUGCCUUCCCUUCCUCAUCUCCGUGGAUGGAGACAGCAACAACUACAUCAACGCGGCCUUAACUGAUAGCUACACCAAGAGCGCUGCCUUCAUCGUCACCCUGCACCCGCUGCAGAACACCACCACCGACUUCUGGCGGCUGGUGUACGACUAUGGCUGCACCUCCAUCGUCAUGCUCAACCAGCUCAACCAGUCCAACUCUGCCUGGCCCUGCCUGCAGUACUGGCCCGAGCCGGGGCUACAGCAGUACGGCCCCAUGGAGGUGGAGUACAUCUCCGGAGCGGCAGAUGAGGACAUCGUGUCCCGGCUCUUCCGAGUCCAGAACGUCACACGGUUGCAGGAGGGGCACCUGAUGGUCCGGCAUUUCCAGUACCUGCGCUGGUCAGCCUAUCGAGACACCCCAGACUCCAAGAAGUCCUUCCUGCACCUCCUGGCCCAGGUGGAGAGGUGGCAGAAGGAAAGUGGUGAUGGCAGGACUGUGGUGCACUGCUUGAACGGAGGUGGCCGGAGUGGCACCUUCUGCGCCUCCACCAUGAUCCUGGAGAUGAUCAAGUGUCACAACAUGGCAGAUGUCUUCUUCGCUGCCAAGACCCUCCGCAACUACAAACCAAAUAUGGUGGAGACCUUGGAGCAGUACCAUUUCUGCUACGACAUAGCACUGGAAUACCUGGAGUCCCUGGAGACCAGAUAGCACCUGGCCACGGAGGGGCACCAAGGGCUGUGCAGGGGCCGUGCCAGCCGCGCUUCCCAGCUGGACGCUGCGGCCCUGCUUGGGGUGGGGAGGGAAACAGCAAAGGACCCACCGGGAAACCCUUCGGAUGCAGGAAACGAACGGACGUGGGGAUGUGUUGGCUGCUCUCCAUCUUCAUCCUCCGCUCUCCAUCCUUCCUCCCUGCCCCCGGCAUGUCCGAGCGGCCACGGGUGGAUCCCACAACUCAUCCCGUCCCUUGGAGUCACGCCUGGGGUUGGUGUGUGCAGGAUGAGGCCCUGCGGUGCUGGUGAGUCUGGAGGGGAGGAAGAGGAACCGGAAGGAGCCGAGGCUGUUCCCCAGCAGGGAAGGAUGGAUACUGGGAGAUGCUGCUCUGUUGUGUGUGGAAUUGAAGCUGCUCCUGGAGGAGCCCGGAGGCUGCCGGAGGUUUUCCCUCGGUGGGACUCACUCUGAGCCGGAGCAGAGACACCCCAGGAGCUCUUGAGUUUUUGCCCGUUCGUGCCAUGAGUUUGAUCCUCGCUUGUUUUAGUUCUGUGAGUUCUGCCCCGUUGUGUAUCCAGCCCUGGACAGGCAGGGGUGAGGGGUGAGGGGUGGGGGGCAGUGGCCAGGCAGUGUCCCUCUGCAGGGACCAACCCGGACCCUCCUGGUGCUUCUGCAAAGCUUCUGAGGGGAUGGUUCCCCAGCAUCUCCACACCUUCCUCUCCACCUGUAGCAGUGAAUUCCUCCUGGUGUCCCACAAGCACUGGCCCAUGGGGUCUGCUUUUAACCCCUUGUGUGUAGCUGCAUUUGAAGCAAAAUCCUCAAAAUUCGGGUCCAUCCCAAAUACUUCCUGGAUGUCACCCCCGGGCAGUUGCCUGUUGAUGCUCUUGGCUUUUGCUGGGGCUGGUGGGGCGGGAGGGCCGGUUUUGGGGUGGUGUUGGCUUGGGCUGAGCUGUGCUGAAGCCGUGGCCAUGUGUCGGGGCUGGACAGGGGGAGGUCCCCACAUCCCUGUGCCCCCGGGGCUGGUGGCUGAAGGUACCUGAGGCUUUUUAGCUCCAUCCUGCUGCAGGUGGGUGUGCAAUGGCACUUCCUCCAUCUGCUGUUGUGGAAAUUACCGGGAUUCUGCUCUCAGCCUGGUUGUAAUAAAAUAAACGGCCUUGGGAAGGUGCAGCCGGAGGGAUCCAUGUCUGGGGUCUGCCAGGGGAACUGAGGGGAGGUUGGUUCUGUCCUGAGGACCAGGCAGAACCCUUCUGAGGGGGAUGGAGCAGAGCAGAUGAGAAACUGUCCUCCACAUACUGGAGGUUUCCUGUGGGCAACCCUGUCCUUCAUCCAUCUGCCAUCCUCCAGCCCCACCUCCCCAGGGCAGGGGCAACUUCCCACCCUGCCUGCCUGGAGCUGGUGAUCCCUUUACCCAGGGAGCUCUCCCCAGGGAAUCACGAAGGCUGCACAGCUGAAAUGGCCGUGUCCUGGAGGAGCAAACCCAGGAGCUGUUUCCAUCCACCUGCCAAGGGUGAAGGAGAGCAGGAAGAGCUGUCCCUGUCCUCUCUCCCCUUGGACAAUGUGCUGCUGCUGUGGUGAUGGGGAUUCCAGCAUCGUCCCAGACCCUCGGCUCUCCCACUGCCUUCCUGAGGAAUUCACAGCCUGACAAUAACUUAUUCCAAGGGCUAUUUGACACCAUCCCUUCUUUCUCUCCUGCCUCACCUGCCUCACCUGCCGUGAGCCCAUUCUGUCUCAUCAUCAAAAGCUCUUUGUUUACCCCCAAAUGGUCUGGUAACACCAGUACCUGGCUACACCAGUGCUCCCACUGGGAUAAAUCAGUGUCCUUUUCCCAGUCCCCAUCUCUCCACAGACCUGUCCGUGCUGUCCUAGGGAAGGUGCUGCACAGUGGCUGCAGAAAGGAGCAGAAAUUGUUUGGUUUUGUGUGAAAAUAGCUGAGCUGAGCCUCCGAAAUCCCUGGGAAUGGGAUGGUUUGGGGGCUAUUCAGCCCUAGGAACUGGAGGGGUCCAGUUCCUGCUGGACCACCCACAUCCUCCUGGGGUCCAGAGGGCGGGAGCGUCCCAUAGGGCUCCGCAGGUGAAGUAUUGCCAGGAGGAGGAAAAGGAGGAAAACUGAAACCCCAGGUAGUCCUACAGAGACAACAGAGACUGGAGGAGCUGUAUAUAUGUUUUAAAAUCAAGAUUCUUUCCUUUUUAUUUUAUUUUGAUGCCUCCUUGCUGGGUGUCUCUGGGUUUUUAGGGCAUCUCUGGUGAAGGGCAGACUUUGAAAUCCAAGUGCUAUGAAACCCAACCCAUCUCCAGCUCCUACUGAGAUGCUCCUCGGACACGAGGCAAGGCCAUCCUGUACAUAGAAAUAUAUAUAUAGAAAUCUAUAUAUAAAACUAUAAAUACUGUUCUUAAGAUGGAUAAUGUUUAUUGGUAUUACAGAUUGGAGUGGUGCUUUUUUUUUUUUUAAAUAAAAACAAAACAAAAAAAAGGAAAAAAAUUAAAACCCAAGAAAAACACCAAAUUGGAACGAUUUUGUCUAUAUGCAGAAAAAGUGAUCCUAAAAGCUGGCAGCACCCCAGAGCUGCUGCCAAAGGGACUUGGGACCAUGAGGCAGCUCCACCAUGGAGGGGACAGGGCAGUGGGACUGAGGGAGGGACACGUCUGAUGUGGAUUGUACCACGCACAUCCAGCUGUUGUUAACUGUUUUUUUAUUAUUUUGUUAUAUUAUUAUUAUUUUUGGCUUUCUUUCCUUUGAAGAAAAUCAGUUGCAUAAAUAAAUGUUCCAAAUUUG